AAGAGAAGAAGAAAAAAACACUUUGCGCAUAGCAGCCAUCACACCGGCCAACAAUCAAAUUCACUUGCCAUCUCAAAAAUCAACCAACCACGCAACGCCAAUAUCCGCGGAAAAUAUACGUAAUGCAUUGAGGACUUCUUUUUAUCUUAUUUUACAAUUACCGUAUUGGAGGAAAUAGAGACAAAGCAAAAAAGACAACAGUCUAGGAACAUGGUGCAAUACGUCUUCACGCCGUGGAAGGACCGGGGCGAACUCCUCCAGGUUCGCCGACAAUUUUUCCCCCAGCAAGUCGCGCAGCACGCGCCCACAGUCGCCUCGGGGAAUGGUGCUGUCGCUGCCGCCGGGACCGCCGCCUCGUCCAGCUUCAGCUCCAGUUCCAUCGUCAGCUCCAGCAGCAGUAGCAGGGCGGACAAAAAGAGCGCCGUGUCUCGCGUGUCCAUGUGGAUGCAGCGCGGUGGCUGCCCACACAUGGUCGAGUCCACGGCCCUCUUGAUCGCCGCCAUGAUCGCAGACGAGGAGUCGAUGCUACUGCCGACUGGCAAGAGCGCCACCGAUUCCAACUCUUCGUAUGCCGUGCGCGCCUCCUACUCGGCCGCAUUCAGUCGCUUCGUAACAGGGCUUCUUGACAGCCACCAGGACAAGGCACACAAGAUGAGCAUGUACUCGGUGGCCAAGACCAUUGGGCUACCAGCGACUUUCGUCGAGCUGCGGCACCAGGCCACGCAUGAACAGCUGCCCUCGCUCACCAGGCUACGUGCCGGCGCCCAGGCCGGUCUGGUUUGGAUCUGGGACUACUACUGGAAGCAGCUUUCGGCCGCGGAAGAGGACGAAGACCAAGUCCCGGUAGUGGCCGGCCGUAGUGCUGCUGCACCACACGUAGAGGAAGUACCGCAGGUGGUCGCAUCUGCGUGCAGAGAUGCGCUGCGGCGGUAUCUGGAUGUGGGCAAGGAGGAUCUGCCGACUAUUGCCAGGUUUGUCCGAAGAUGGGGAAGUUCGAGGGUCCUCAGCGUUCUGGACGCGAUUGGUGACGAGGCGGGGUCGGCUCAACCGAUGGAUAACAGAUUGGUCUUGGGGACUCUGAAGCUGGCUAGGCAGGUCACCGAGAUGGAACAGGCACGAGACAAUGACGGCAGUGUAGAUUUCGUCGGGGAUGGAGGGGCGCCGAGGUCUGAUCUUGGCCAGGUUCCAAUAGAGGUACAAGGCGUCACCUCCGAUGCCAUGGUCACGGAAUCUCAAGAUUCUAAGCAGGCGGGUGGUGGCUGGACUCGCCUUAGGGGCUCGUGGCGGCAAAAGCCGAUAGGGGUUGUUUAGCUGGAGGAAGGGAUUGCGCUGUCUUCAACCUAUUUCUGAUGCUAAUAGUACCCCUACAGCAGACUAGGCUCUUGUCUAGUCUGGUUAGGACGAGAAUUGAGACUACCGGUACUCCACUCAGCUGUACGCUUGCCUACAGCAUUGCCUAGAGAGGCAAUCCUCCGCAAGAUUGCUACGACUAGACGGUUAAGCUAUAACUACUAUGUACCUAUGGCACUGUAGAUUAUGACGUUGCAUCAUCGUGAACGUUCGCACGAAUGUACAGUGCCUCUGC